UCGUCGCCGCGCAGCGUUAGCCCAGCCUUGUCCCCGUCCCCUCUCUCCUUUCCCCAACCCAAACCAGGAGCGCCCUCCCUCCCUCCCCACCCAGGGAAACCCACCAGCCAUGAAGGGGGCCAAAUCCAAGGGCGCCGCCAAGGCCGACACCAAGUUGGCGGUGAAGAGCAAGGGGGCGGAGAAGCCGGCGGCCAAGGGGAAGAAGGGCAAGGCCGGCAAGGACCCCAACAAGCCCAAGAGGGCGCCCUCCGCCUUCUUCGUCUUCAUGGGCGAGUUCCGCGAGGAGUUCAAGCAGAAGAACCCCAAGAACAAGUCCGUCGCCGCCGUCGGCAAAGCGGCCGGUGAGAGGUGGAAGAGCUUGAGCGAAUCGGAGAAGGCCCCCUACGUGGCCAAGGCCAACAAGCUCAAGGGCGAGUACAACAAGGCCAUUGCCGCCUACAACAAGGGCGAGAGCGCUGCUGCUGCCGCCCCAAAGAAGGCGGCCGCCAAGGAGGUGGAGGAGGAAGAUGAGGAGGAAUCCGACAAGUCCAAGUCGGAGAUCAAUGACGACGAUGACGAUGAGGGUAGCGAUGAGGACGAGGACGACGACGAGUGAAGAAGACGCAUCUUGUCAAGGCUGCUGGCUCCGGCGGACAAAGGCGGGAGCGGCUGCUGCGCGAGAACCGACGUGAGCUGUGUGCGGUGGUGUCAUAAGGAGCCUGUCCAUCUCCACUAGAGUUAUCCCAAGUUUCACUUCACAUCGUGAUGUUGUUUUACCUUUUUUUUCUUGUCGUCGUCCCGCUGCCUGCUAUAACGGACAGCGCUCCCUGUUGGCGCCGCCGCCGGCGGGGGUGGUGCCCUGGCGGCGGAGGGUGUAUGUCCUCUGCCGCCGGGUGCUCCCCUGCUUGUACCUAGAUGGUUGGUUACUCUUUCCGUCCAUUGUCACCGGCUAACAUUGUGAUAAUAUCAGUCUGGGUAAUGUUAGAUUAAGCUGUUGUUUGUGUCC